UUCAAUUUCCUUAUCUACAAUUUUAUCCCGGUAGGAAAACGUGAUUUAAUGCUCCUAACAUCAUAGUUUGUGUCCACUCCUUGUAUUAUUUGACGAAAUCUUAACUGUUACUUCUUCCCAAUGGAAUGCGAGGACUUUUUAGAGUUUCAGGACAUAUUAAAAAAAUUACGCGAUGUUGACGAUAAGAUAGUCUAUGCUCUCAACAAUUCUACUCCUGUGGCUUCUUUCAGAAAUGAUAAAGAUCCAACAAAAAUGUGCAAAGAACUUUUCUCAACUCUCACAAAAAACUACGAAACGAGAGAGGGUAAAAUCAAAGGAUGUGUUCACAUAACAGCAGAUAAAGUGAAAGAACUGAAGGAACUGAAAGAUCAAAAGCCUGACGACUCAAACCUGAUUAAAAGACUGAAGAAAGAGCAAACCAAGCUGAGACUGCUUCAGACUGAAGUAAAUGUCGAAGAAGUCAUCAGGGAAAGGACGUUUCGUCUAUUCCAUGAGCGUUGUCGUGAAUUUUAUAGACCACCCACACUGCCUUUAUGAUGUUGCUCUCUAUCUGGAAGAAGAGCGGUGCUCUCAUCUUAGCCAUUAAAACUAGGAAAUUGUAUUUUCGUCUUAAUUUCUAGGUGUAAGUAGGAAAUAUGUAAUAUUCAGAAUUUCAAGUUCAGACCACUGAUGUUUGGUGAAAAUCUUGAUUUUUAAUUGUAAUUGAAUAGAUAGACUAUAACAACAGAAGUGCAAGCUGCAACAACUUUCAGGUCAACAAAUCUCAGAAGGUUCUGUUUAAGUUACACAGUUUUGGGAGUUUUGAGGAUGAGUGUUGCUAUGUCAAUCUAUCAUCAAUAAUGGUCCAAGUUCCCAAAAGUUGAUUGGCAGAAAUUUAUUUUUUUAUUUCUGACACUUAAGUACUGUGGUAUAUUCCAUUAUAAUGCUAUUUUUCUGAUGAUAUACCCACUAAUCUAGCUUUGAUCGCACUUCACCCAAACAAUAUGCCAUAUCUAACUUAAUUUUCGAUCUUAUGGCACUUGGCCCAUUAUCGAUGAUGUGUCCUCCGUAAAAUGGUAUGAAAUAGUUGAAAUUUGCCCAUCUGGCAAUGAUGCACUUUCCAAAUUUGGUUGAUAAGAGUGGCCUGAGGGAAGAAAUAUUUUAACAUGGGCUCUGCCUGAGCUUACGCUCCUGUUGGCGCAGUUUUUUUGUUGUGUUCAAUCAAUCUUUUUAUAGAAUAUGUUAAAAUUGAAAUAUUUUCGUUUUCCUCAGCCAACUUUGACUCUUCAUCAUCCAUCCUCAUUUAAAAAUCAUACAAAUCUUGAAUAUAUUUGUGUAAUUUAAGUCCACGCAAUGCGUCCUCUCUGUGCAAUACAUCAUUUGGCUGCGGUCCAAGUAACCUCUUACUUUCCAAAGUUUUUUAUCAAGAGCUGUGGGUUUUCUCACCUGUUAAAGAAAAAUUGAAGUGGACUCCUUCAAUUUAUUUUUAGAAAAUAACAAUUAAAAACUGCAUACUAUUGUCGAAAAUAUCAAGUAUACAAUUCCCCAGUAAAUGCAUGUCCUCUGAAAAUUGAUGCCUAGCUAGUACAAGUCUGAAGAAUUGUCAGAUCAUUUGCUGGUUCACAGAAUUUUUUAUAUUUUGUAAAUACUUCAGAACAAUCAUCUAGUUGUUUUUGAUUAAACAUUUUUCUUAUUUUUUCUGAGA